GACGACGACGACGACGACGACGACGACGACGACGACGACGACGACGAGCGAAACUCACGGCGCAGCACCGUCGACUCGUUUUCACCACGACUUCAUCCGUCAGCGACGUGUCCGUCACUCCCGUCGUCUGCCACUGUGUCUUCUGGCGGAAAGUGCGCGCGGAUCCGAUGUGAGACUCGUGAGUUCCGACGAGCAUCGAGAUCGACUCGCGAAAAGUCAUCCGCGAUUCCGCUCGACAGUAAGGUAACGCGAGAUUAUCCCGUCGUGCGUAACACACGCGUCGUCUCAUCCGAGACGCGUCGGCGAGAUCGCGACAUUCGCGCGUUUCUCCACAGUGUCGGGAAAUACCGUCCGGGAUAAUCGCAGGACUCGUCGUCGUCACUCGCCGUCGACGACAUGAUCUUCAGGGUGACGUUGUUGGUUGUGUGCAUGCUGCUGGCCGGUGCGAGAUCCGAACCGAGACCGCGAUCGCGACCAGUGCCGAUCUAUUCGAAUCAGUUUGCCGUUUACGUGCCCAGCGGACCGGAGACUGCUGACGAGAUCGCCCAGGAGCAUGGAUUCGACAAUCAUGGACAGAUCGGUGCCCUGAAGAAUUAUUAUCUCUUCUCUCACAACCGACUGCACAAGAGGUCUCUCACCGCGAGCGAGCCGCAUCACAAGGCGCUCAGGGAUGAACCGCGGGUGCACUGGUUCCAGCAGCAGCACGAGAAGAAGCGCAAGAAGCGCGACUUCGGCGCCGCGUCCUACCCGUUCGCCGAUUAUCAGCAUUUCUUCAGCGAUUUUGGUCCGCGUCCGCGACAGGCCGCCCUGUUCCAUCGCCAAAGAAACAGAGGCGUGCCACUUCAGAACCUGUUCACGGACCCGCUCUUCAAGGAACAAUGGUACCUGAAUGGUGGCGCUAAGGAUGGCUAUGAUAUGAAUCUCGGUCCGGCCUGGCAGAGGGGCUACACCGGCAAGGGUGUCGUCGUUUCGAUUCUGGACGACGGCAUCCAGACCAAUCACCCUGAUUUGGCGCUCAAUUACGAUCAUCAGGCCAGUACAGAUAUUAACGACAACGACGAUGAUCCGAUGCCGAGGGACAAUGGCGAUAAUAAGCAUGGCACUCGAUGUGCCGGCGAAGUCGCUGCCGUCGCCUUCAAUCAGUAUUGCGGUGUCGGAGUCGCCUAUAACGCCAGUAUCGGAGGCGUGCGAAUGCUCGAUGGCCCGGUAAACGACGCCGUCGAGGCCAGAGCGCUGGGAUUGAAUCCUGAUCACAUCGACAUAUACAGCGCCUCCUGGGGUCCCGAGGAUGACGGCAAGACUGUUGAUGGUCCGGGCCCUCUCGCCAGGAGGGCAUUUAUUUACGGAGUGACGAGCGGUCGCAAGGGUAAAGGCUCGAUCUUUGUGUGGGCGUCCGGUAACGGCGGCCGACAUACCGACUCGUGCAACUGCGACGGCUACACGAAUAGCAUCUUCACGCUGUCGAUAUCGAGCGCGACACAAGGCGGCUACAAGCCGUGGUAUCUCGAGGAGUGUAGCUCGACCUUAGCGUCUACGUAUUCGUCGGGCACGCCUGGCAAUGACAAGAGCGUCGCCACCGUGGACAUGGACGCUAAGCUGCGCCCCGAUCACAUCUGCACGGUGGAACACACCGGGACAUCCGCAUCGGCGCCGUUGGCCGCCGGCAUCGCUGCCCUCGCUCUCGAGGCGAAUCCCACGCUGACGUGGCGAGACAUGCAAUACCUAGUGGUGCUCACCUCAAGAUCAGAGCCGUUGAGCAACGAGCCCGGCUGGAUACUGAACGGCGUGAAGAGAAAGGUCUCCCAUAAGUUCGGCUAUGGUCUGAUGGAUGCGGGCGCUAUGGUCAAUUUGGCCGAACAGUGGACCAACGUUCCACCGCAGCACAUCUGCAAGUCCGACGAGAUCAACGAAGAGAGACCGAUUGAUCCCACGUACGGGUACACCCUGAGCGCAUACAUGGACGUUACCGGGUGCGCUGGUUCUUUGAACGAGGUGCGGUUUUUGGAGCAUGUCCAAUGCAAGGUUUCCCUGAGGUUCUUCCCUCGAGGAAACUUGAGACUUUUACUGACCUCACCGAUGGGCACAACGUCAACGCUGUUGUUCGAGCGGCCGCGCGACGUCCUCAGCUCCAAUUUUGACGACUGGCCGUUCCUCAGCGUACACUUCUGGGGUGAAAAGGCUGACGGUCGAUGGACCCUGCAGAUUAUUAAUGCGGGGAAUCGACACGUCAAUUCACCAGGCAUCCUGAAAAAGUGGCAGCUGAUCUUCUACGGCACAUCAACCAAUCCGAUCCGGAUACGCACACGGCAAUUUAACCCGAAUUACCAGGGUCCGUUCGCCGCCGCCGCCUCGAACCUACAGGCAUCCGUGGCCACUCUGGACGGUUCAUCAGCGCCGAUCCUGUCGAACCACCUACCUGGCGACGUCUCCUCGGCAUCUGCCUUUGACUCACCCUCGGCGGCAUCAUCCGUGCAAGGGGAUGGUUCUCUCGACACUACCAGGAGGAUACUGCACGACUGUGAUCCCCAGUGUGACGCGCAGGGCUGCUACGGCAAGGGCCCGACGCAGUGUGUCGCCUGUAAAAAUUAUCGUCUCGAUAAUACUUGUGUUAGUCGUUGCCCGCCAAGGAGCUUCCCUAACCAGGGUGGCGUUUGCUGGCCGUGUCACGAAUCCUGCGAAAUUUGCGCGGGUGCAGGUCAGGAUUCCUGCCUGUCGUGUGCUCCCGCUCAUCUUCGGGUCACCGAUCUAGCGGUUUGUCUUCAACAAUGCCCGGAAGGCUAUUACGAAAAUACCGAGAACAGCACAUGCGUACCGUGCGAGGCCAAUUGUGCCAGCUGCCAAGACAGACCAGACAAAUGUACCAGCUGUGAGCAUCAUUUAGUGAUGCACGAGAACAAAUGUUAUGCCGCAUGUCCACUCUACACCUACGAGACGCAAGAUUACAAUUGCGCACCAUGCCAUCCUACUUGCGAAACUUGCAAUGGCACGGCGGAGAAUCAGUGCAUCGCUUGCCGAUCCGGGCUAUUUGCUUUGAACGGCACGUGUCGCGCUUCGUGCCCGGCGGGUUAUAGCGCUGACAAGAAGCGACGCGAAUGCGUGGCAUGUCCGCCCGGCUGUGCGACCUGCAGCACGUUGAGUUGCACCAGCUGCAUCGAGGGCUGGAGCCUGAACAAGAAAAGCCUGUGCGCGCCCGAGACUCGUAGCAAUUGCAAUAUAAACCAGUAUUACGAGAAUGGUCAAUGCAAAUCUUGUCACUCGUCCUGCGAAACCUGUGCCGGCUCCACGGAGGAACAUUGCAUAUCUUGCCCAAACCCAUUACUCCUCCAGGGUAAACGUUGCGUGUCUCAAUGCGACGAUGCAUAUUACUCCGUGGUGCAACCUUCGCGACCAGUUUGUGUCCCUUGCUUACACACUUGCAAGAGUUGCGUUUCUCGCUUGAACUGCACGGCAUGUCAAGAUGGGCUGCAGCUGCAGAGCGGAGAGUGCAGAUCAUCCUGUGCAUCAGGUUAUUACAGCGACAGAGGUCAAUGCGCCAAGUGUUACUUGUCGAGUAAAACAUGCUCGGGACCUAGAAGAGAUCAAUGUGUCACUUGUCCAAGAGGAUGGCAACUGGCGGCUGGCGAAUGUCAUCCUGAAUGUCCAGAAGGAUUCUUCAAAUCUAACUUUGGUUGCCAGAAAUGUCAUCAUUAUUGCCGCACAUGUAAAGGUGAAGGUCCGUUAGAAUGUACUUCCUGUCCACCUCACUCGAUGUUGGAAGGCGGAUUGUGUAUGGAGUGUCUAGGCGCGCAAUAUUAUGAUUCAUUAACACAACUUUGCAAGAGUUGCCACUCCGAUUGUCGCAGAUGUACUGGUCCCGGCAAAUUCAGUUGUGCUGCGUGUUCACCGCCAUUACAUUUGGACAAAUUGAAUAAUCAGUGUGUUCCCUGCUGCACGGGCAAUGAGAAAGGACCUCAAGCUGAGGAAUGCUGUCUCUGUGAUCCAGAAACCGGCGGCUGCAGGAAUAGCUCACCGGCUGGAAAGAGGAGGGUACCAGGGACAGAAUUCUCGUCCAAUACGGCGAUCUCUGAGACGUACAACAACUAUGGUAGAACAAGUAGUAGCGAUUCAGCUUCGCUUGCCGUAACAGCAGCCACAACCAUGGCAGUUGCUAUUUGCUUAGCGUCGGUUGCAUUAUUCGCAAUGAUAUUUGUCGCUCUUCAGGCUUGGUCCGGCAGAAGAGAGACCAAUAUGGGAUAUACGCAACUCGCUGUGAAGGUAGAACCGUCCGAAGACGCGGAUGCCGAUGACGCAACAGAACUGAUGACCUAGAUUUCGUUAGCGGUGACGUAGCUAAUGACCUUAUCUCGAAGAAUUGCAGGGAGAUCGAAGAAUCUCGAUUGUGAUUGGUUCGCGAGUCAAAAGUUACGUGUUUUUGCAUUAGCAAAAAAUCCAAGGAUAGCGCGUAUAUGUGAUGACGAGAAAAAUGAUAAACGAUGGUGAAUACGUAGCGGGGAAGAAAGAGUUGAAGAAGGAGGAGGAGCGAGUAAAAGAAGAUUCGUCGAAAACGUGAUAGUAAAACUCCGUAAAGUAUUGUAUGAAUGAACAGCAAAAGAGGAAGAGAGAGAAAGAGAAGGAGUGCGAGUAAGCGUGAUUGUUGUUUACUUGGCAAUGAUACGAUCAUGUGAAUGUGCGAAUGUACAAGGAAUGCAUUUUAGCUAGAGAUAUACGUUUUGCCCAUCAUCAUUGUCAAGUGCGUUACCGAUACUAUUGCCGCAUACCAAGACUCUUCCAACACGGACGGUGAGUCGAAACACCGAGAAAAAGGGUGAAGGACAUUAUGAAGUGCCUGAUUAGUGACACCCUUGUUUCCACACCCUUUCGCGUUCCCCCUCCGACGCUUUCUGUCUCUGAAGUAACGCCGGGCCUUCGUCGAUUAUAUCAUUGUCGCGUGUAUUCACGAACAAAUAAAACCACAGCCAAGCGACGGAUAACGUGAAUACGUUCCAAUCGUUGCGCGUUGCAAGAGUCGAGAGAGUAAUCUAGUUCGUUUAAUAACAUUCUUUAACUGAUUAUCGAUUUUCUUCGCGCAACUUUUUUCCUUGAAUCGACAACCAUCAAGUUAUCAAAGGGAAACCCAUCUCUUUCUUCACCUCUCUUCUAAAAGGCUACCAACACCUCGUUAAAUAGGGUGAAGGGACAUGUAAAGUGGCCUCCGCGUACAUUAGGCUGAACCACGGACCACGUAAUCGUAAUCGUUAAUUGUGAAUUAUGAAUGGAUAUUGUUAUAUAUUUGUAUAAAUGAUAAUAGUAACAAGUGAGCGAACAAAGGGGAGUAAUCUCAAGGAUCAGGAGGGGGAGGCGAAAGAAAUGAUAGCGAGAUGGCGAGCCGGGAGGAGGACGAAGCGAAGGACCGAAGCGGAAAGAAAGAAGAAAGAGGAACAAGAUCGUCGGAUAUACAUCAGCUUCGUUCUCCGACCUUAAAGCUGAUUGUCUCGACUAAUCGAUACAAUUCGCACACCCGAAAGAACCAAACGGACUCUUACUGCGAUCGCCCAGUUAUCCGACGCAUCUGUGACGUCAGUCGUCACAUUCCAGUACUUCCCAAAUACUGAUAUAACACAUGCCGUCGACACAAGCAAUGCGUUUUGUAAACUGUUUGUUGUUAUUACUUGAUUGUCUACUUUGAUGUUUUGUUUAAUAUUCCACUUUCUGCGUUAUUCUUACUUAUUUCUUUAAUUCUCGCUCGUAUCCAUUCUUUCCCCGUUUCGUUGGGAUCGCAUGAGAGGAGGAAAAUCUUAUAAAAAAAGAAAAAGAAAUGAAUGAAUAAAUAAAAUAAAAGAAGAGAAAAAAACUACACGCAACGAUCCGCAGCGAAUCGAUAUUCUCGAAAGCCAUCGCCCACGCCUACUCGUGUGAAUAUUGACUUUCUCCUUGUGAUUUGAUAUAAAGCUAUUAUUGUACUUUUAUGAUGAGACCGCGAUUAUAAAUAUAUACAUAUAUACACACACA